AUGAUGUCUGUCGUCUCAACUGCGGAGAGCGUUCCCAGAGGCACGGGCACCCCGGCGCCGAGCCUCUACCAGCGGAUCAGGAGGGUCCUAACCAGGGACCUGCUGGUGACCCUGGCCCUGGGCCAGGCCCUGUCCCUGUUGAUCUGUGCCAUCAGUCUGAUCAGCAAGUACCUGGCUGAUGACUUCCACGCCAACACGCCGGUGUUCCAGAGCUUUCUCAACUACAUCCUGCUGUUUCUGGUCUACACCACCACACUGGCAGUCAGGCAAGGGGAAGGGAACCUGUUGGCCAUCCUGAAGCAGCGCUGGUGGAAAUACAUGAUUCUGGGUUUGAUAGACAUCGAGGCCAACUACCUGGUGCUCAAAGCGUACCAGUACACCACACUCUCCAGUGUACAGCUGUUGGACUGUUUUGUCAUCCCAGUGGUCCUGCUGCUGUCCUGGUUCUUUCUUUUGGUGAGGUACAAGGCAGUCCACUAUGCGGGGGCCGGGCUGUGUCUGCUGGGCGUGGGCUGCAUGGUGGGAGCCGACGUCCUGCUCGGCCGGCAGCAAGGCCUCGGAGAGCAGAAGCUGUUCGGGGACCUCUUGGUCCUGGGGGGAGCGACGCUCUACGGGAUCUCCAACGUCUGUGAGGAGUUCAUCGUGAAGAACCAGAGCCGCGUGGAGUUCCUCGGCAUGAUGGGACUCUUCGGGUCCUUCUUCAGCGGCAUCCAGUUGGCCAUCAUGGAGCACAAGGAGCUGCUGAAGGUUUCCUGGAACUGGCAGAUCGGGUUUCUGUACGUUGCUUUCAGUGCCUUCAUGUUCGGCCUGUACAGCUUCAUGCCGUUGGUGAUCAAGAGAACCAGCGCCACCUCCGUCAACCUCUCUCUGCUCACCGCCGACCUGUACGGCUUCUUCUGUGGCCUCUUCCUCUUCCACUACAAGUUCUCGUGCCUCUACCUGCUGUCGUUCGUCCUCCUUCUCUUGGGCCUGGUCCUCUACGCCACCUCGUCCACCUACGUGGCUCAGGACCCGCGAGUCUACAAGCGGUUCAGGAACGCGGGCGGCCAGCCGACCGGCGACCGGCCUCCGCUCGGCGCCGGAGUCCCGGAGCCCUCGGUCACCUACACCGCCCUGGGGCCCGAGGCGGCGGAUGAGACCCCCGUGUGCGUCUCCUAAGAUCUGUUGAGGGAGUUCUGUCUGUCAGGCCGGUCAUCCUCGCCCCAAGAGUUGUAUAGAGAGAAAUGUGUUGUGUGUACCCGGUGUCCUGAGGUGAUCCGCUAUAGGUCCUGCUUAUCAUUUAUUGGCCUGGAUUGGUGAACAAAGUCUCCGCCCACUCAGUGACAGCGUUCACACACAUAGGUGUAUCUGAGUAUGAGCAGAAUGUCGUCAGAGCAAAUAUCAAAGUGAGUGAACCUGUUGAUGAAAGACUGUGAGUAGCCGGUAGUGACGGAGCAUUCAUGUAAAUAUAUGGUAUUGUACUUUUACUGUAUUUAAUCUGCUUUCUUUUUUUUAACAUCUGACAAGAAUCUGUGACAAAUUAACGCCGUAUUAAUUGAAUGUCUUAUCAACUGAUUGGAAUGUAACGCGUUUUUAAAGCUGCUCACGUUCAGUGGCGAGCUCAGUGAGGAAUACGCAGAGUCAGUAAAGUGGGCCACCAACACAUGAAUGGCAGGUCAUCAAAUCCAUUUGGUGUAUUUGUAUCCCACAAUGCAACACUGGUAAACGUACUGCACCAGCUACUGGUUUGUUAUAUGCUGGCACACAUGCAUUUAGUCUUAUCAUAUUUAAGUGUGACUACUUUUACACCAAAAAUAUCAUUUAGUAUCCUUUUUCCUGCAUUAUUAUCUUAUUAUCUUGACAAAUAUAAUUAAUGUACUGAUAAAAAAAGAUCUAAAU